ACCUCCCCACACCUCAUCACAUCAACAUGCUCGCCGGCCUCCGCCACGCCCCGUCCUCCCUCUCGGCGCUGCGCUGCCCACUCGCGCGCAGCUUCGCCACCAAAGCCGAGUACGAGAGCAUCCUGACCGAAGUGCGCGGCAAGGUGGCCAUCAUCACGCUGAACCGGCCCAAGGCGCUCAACGCGCUGUGCAGCCCGCUGAUCGAGGAGCUGAACGGCGCCGCGCACGCCUUCGACGCCGACCCGAGCAUCGGCGCCAUCGUCAUCACCGGCAGCGGCUCCAAGGCGUUCGCGGCGGGCGCCGACAUCAAGGAGAUGGCCACCAAGACGUUCGUGGACGCGUACAAGAGCAACAUGUUCGCCAACUGGGGGGACAUCACCAAGGUGUCCAAGCCCGUGAUCGCCGCCGUCAACGGCUACGCGCUGGGCGGCGGCUGCGAGCUCGCCAUGCUCUGCGACCUCAUCAUCGCCGGCGACUCGGCCAAGUUCGGCCAGCCCGAGAUCACGCUGGGCACGAUCCCCGGCUGCGGCGGCACCCAGCGCCUCAUCCGCGCCGUGGGCAAGUCCAAGGCCAUGGAGAUGAUCCUCACGGGCAACAUGAUCGACGCGCAGCAGGCCGAGCGCGACGGCCUCGUGGCGCGCGUCGUGCCCGCCGACCAGCUGCUGGACGAGGCGCUCAAGACCGCCAACAAGAUCGCGUCCUUCUCGCAGCCCGUGGUCAAGAUGGCCAAGGAGGCCGUCAACGCCGCGUACGAGCAGUCGCUGCAGGAAGGGCUCAAGUACGAGAGCCGCCUCUUCUGGAGCUCCUUCGCCACCAAGGACCAGAAGGAGGGCAUGGCCGCCUUCGUCGAGAAGCGCAAGGCCGACUUCAAGGACGAGUAAGUCCCCGUUCAGUGUGUGCGUGACUGUCGACACCAGGGAGGGACCACAAACUACAAGCAAUCAAGACAUGAAUGACGUUGAAACUCACUACC